AUGUCUGCAGCAGCGGAACCGGCCCGUCCUCUCCUUCUCAUCCCAGGGGUGUGUGGGACCAUCCUGAACACCCGCGCUGCCGGGGCCAGAGGGGAGGGGGAGAGGGCCUGGGUCAGCCUCAGUGGGGCUGACCUGCGGUACCAGAAGCUGUGGGGAACAUAUGAUAGGAGCAGUGGACGCGUGGAGGGCCUCAGUUCUGACUCUGAGGAGGUGCUGGUGCCCACCAACGGCGAUGCAAGCGGACUCUACCCCAUCAGCAUCCUGGACCCCGAUGUGCAGUAUGGACUGCCUGUGGUCCACUACUUUGACACAUUUGUGGAGUAUCUGACGAGCAAGCAGGGCUACACGUGCGGCACUGACCUGUUUGGCUUCGGAUACGAUUUCCGACAGUCCAAUUCCGCGCAUGUGCCGGCUCUGCUGGACCGGCUCCGCAGCAUGCACGCGCUGACGGGGCGCCGCGCCGACAUCCUGAGCCACAGCAUGGGGGCCCUGGUCGUCAGGAGUCUGCUCAUCGAUCACGCCGCGGAGUUUGAGAAGCUGGUCGAGACCUGGAUUGCAGUGGCGGCGCCAUUCGGCGGCGCCCCCGGAUUCGGCAGCGACGCGCUCCUGACCGGGGUGCAGUUUGCGGGGUCAUUGGGCGCGUACUUCUUCGUCGACCGCGGAACGUUCCGCCAGGCCUGCGUCCAGUCGCCCGCUGUGUACGAGUUGCUGCCCCCACCGCACUUCCCAUACGCUGCCCCCGCCCCGGAGCUGACCCUGGUGGCGGUACCCUCUGCGACCCACCCUUCCAUGCACCGACCCGGUCCGGAGGCGGCGGCUGCGGAGGCGGCGGCUGGGGUGAGGACCCUCGGGCCCAAGGAGGCCCCGCUCGCCAGCUGGCACGAGGCGCACGAGUACAAGUUUGCACUGGACCAGCUGGGGGGGGUGCUGCAGGGGGUGCUGGAGGGCAACAGCGUGAGCAUUGGAGGCCAGGCGGUGGCCAUGCCCUUCAAUCCGGAUGUGUGGCAGCGCGCCGUCGACUCACACAGCGCCUGGUCGGCAUGCACCUUCCCACGCACCUCCAGGUUCUACAAUCUGUAUGGCAAGGGGUACCCCACGCCGUAUAGCCUGCAGUACGGCAGCUGGUGGUUCCCCGUGUCUGAGCUCAAGGCACUGCCCCACGCCAAUGCCUCUUACACCUACGUGGACGGGGACGGCACCGUGCCCACCGAGUCCGCGAUGGCCGACGGCUUCGAUGCUGUAGAAAGAGUGGGCCUGGUGGGGGCGCACCGCCCGCUCAUCUCCAUGCAGAGCGCCUGGGACCAGAUCACGACCUGGAUACGGGCGGGCGGGGAGCCAGCGGGAGGGGCGGUGGGGGGUGGCUUCCAGAUGGUCGGUCAUCCCUGA